AUGGCGCAGCAAGGAAAUAAACUGGACCGGGAAACCUUCUCUUGUCCGAUCUGUCUGGAUCUACUGAAGGAUCCGGUGGCUAUUCCCUGUGGACACAGCUACUGCAUGAACUGUAUUCAAAACUUCUGGGAUGGAGAGGAUGAGAAGAGAAUCCACAGCUGCCCUCAGUGUAGGCAGACCUUCACACCGAGGCCUGUCCUGAUGAAAAGCACCAUGUUAGCAGCUUUAGUGGAGGAACUGAAGAAGACUGGACUCCAAGCUGCUCCUGAUGAUCACUGCUAUGCUGGACCUGAAGAUGUGGCCUGUGAUGUCUGCACUGGGAGAAAACUGAAAGCUCUGAAGUCCUGUCUGGUCUGUCUGAUAUCCUAUUGUGAGAAACACCUCCAGCCUCACUUUGAAUCCCCCGCCUUUGAGAAACACAAGCUGGUGGAGCCCUCCAAGAAGCUCCAGGAGAACAUCUGCUCUCGUCAUGAUGAGGUGAUGAAGAUGUUCUGCCGUACUGAUCAGCAGUGUAUCUGUUAUCUCUGCUCUGUGGAUGAACAUAAAGGCCACGACACAGUCUCAGCUGCAGCAGAAAGGACUGAGAGGCAGAGAGAGCUCGAGGUGAGUCGACUAAACAUCCAGCAGAGAAUCCAGGACAGAGAGAAAGAUGUGAAGGAGCUCCAACAGGAGGUGGAGGCUAUCAAUGGCUCUGCUGAUAAAGCAGUGGAGGACAGUGAGAAGAUCUUCACUGAGCUGAUCCGUCUCAUGGAGAAAAGAAGGUCUGAUGUGAAGCAGCAGGUCAGAUCCCAGCAGGAAGCUGAAGUGAGUCGAGUCAAAGAUCUUGAGGAGAAGCUGGAGCAGGAGAUCACUGAGCUGAAGAGGAAAGACGCUGAUCUGAAGAAGCUCUCACACACAGAGGACCACAACCAGUUUCUACACAACUACCCCUCACUGUCACGACUCAGCCAAUCUACAGACUCAUCCAGCAUCAAUAUCCGUCCUCUGAGGGACUUUGAGGAUGUGACAGCUGCUGUGUCAGAGCUCAGAGAUAAACUACAGGACGUUCUGAGGGACCAACGGACAAACAUCUCACUGACAGACACUGAAGUCCAUGUUUCACUGUCAGGACCAGAACCAGAGCCCAAGACCAGAGCUGAGUUCUUAAAAUAUUCACGUGAACUCACACUGGAUCCAAACACAGCAGACACACUGCUGUUAUUAUCUGAGGGGAACAGAAAAGUGACAAGAAUGAAACAACCUCAGUCUUAUCCUAGUCACCCAGACAGAUUCACUAACUGGCCUCAGGUCCUGAGUAGAGAGAGUCUGACUGGACGUUGUUACUGGGAGGUGGAGUGGAGAGGAGGAGGAGUUUAUGUAGCAGUCACAUACAAGAAUAUCAGCAGAGCAGGGAGAUCAGGUGAAUGUUUAUUUGGAUUCAAUGACAAAUCUUGGUCGUUAUAUUGUUUCACAGACAGUUAUGAGUUUUAUUACAACAAAGUCCAAACUCCCGUCUCAGGUCCUGUGUCCUCCAGAGUUGGAGUGUACCUGGAUCACAGUGCAGGUGUUCUGUCCUUCUACAGCGUCUCUGAAACCAUGACUCUCCUCCACAGAGUCCAGACCACGUUCACUCAGCCUCUCUAUGCUGGACUUGGGAUUUAUUCUGGAUCUGCUGAGUUGUGUGAAGUGAAAUAGACAGAAGUCAUUGAAGGGUUAAAUUCUGUGUUUCAUGUCUUCAGCUUGUUUUGUUUCCAUCAUUGUUGCUGACAGCUGAUUGUUGUGGCAUUUCUUCACCUGUCAAUCAAACACUGUGGGCGGUACUUUGCCCUCUUCUCAUUGGUGGU